CCUUCUCAUUCAAUCUCCACCAUUAACUCACUCUCUUUGAGCUCUAACAACAUCAGUGAGAGAGCGAGAGAGAGAAACUGACCAUGCAGCCAAAUUAUGAUAGCUCAAGUUUUAACAACAUGCAACAACAAGAUUACUUCCACUUAAACCACUAUUACAACAACCUAAACCCUUCAACCAAUAUCAACAAUCUCAAUCUUAUCCCAUACCCUCAAAUUCACCAAGAAUUCAAUCUACAAUCACCAGGCAACAACUCUACCACGUCCGAUGAAGCAACUGAGGAUAUCUUCGUCAUCAACGACAGAAAGCAAAGACGUAUGGUAUCUAACAGAGAGUCAGCAAGAAGGUCAAGAAUGAGAAAGCAAAGACACUUAGAUGAGCUUCUUUCUCAGGUUGCUUGGCUAAGAAGCGAGAACCAACAGCUUUUAGAUAAGCUUAACCAAGCCUCGGAUAGCAAUGAUCUUGUUAUUCAAGAGAACUUGAGGCUUAAAGAGGAAAACGUGGAACUUCGUCAAGUUAUCACAUCUAUGAAGAAGCUUGGAGGAAGCACAAGCCUCCAGGGAAGAUACUGCUCUUCUUCAUUGGAUCAUGAGUUGGAUCAAGACUUCUCUUGUAUUACAGAUGAUCCAAGGACUCAUCACCCAUCACGAGUUGUUCGUUCUGAUUGAACUUUUAAGUUUCUACCUCUAAUCUAUCUCUUUUUUUGUAUCCACAAAACUCUGGCUCCUAUAUGUCUUUAUGAGCCGAGACCAAAGUGGAUUUUAUGUAUUUUUUCUCUGGGCUAGGCUUAGGUCUAGCACCGUUGAAACGUUACUUUUAUAACGGUUUAA